GCUACGUGCCAGUGACGUCAGCGGAGGCCGACUCUGCACUAGGAACUAGCAGCAGCCCUGGAGUCAGACGAUAUCGGCGCUGCGGGACUUUUAAACAGCGUCUCGGGACUGCGGACUGAUUCAGGAAUAUCGGGAGUGUCCCGGGACUGUUGGGCGGAAUGCUUUGGUGUCGGACUCUGCUAUGGGCUUUGUGCGCUUCCUUUCUGCAGCCGAGCCGGCCCGAGAGCCCCACGGAAAGUACCGAGGAGGAUCCUAUGCUGAGCGAAUUCUGUCGGAUAGACAAGCUCCUGUGCCACAGUACUGAUGAGCUGCUCAGCUUCGAGGCGGUGAUGAGUAUUCACAAACAGAUGGACGAUGAUGCCAACGGCAGUGUGGAUGUUGAGGAGAGCGACGAGUUUCUCAGGGAAGACCUGAAUUACCACGACCCCACAGCCAAGCACAGCACCUUCCAUGGAGAGGACAAGCUGAUCAGUGUGGAGGAUCUUUGGAACAGCUGGAAAAUAUCAGAAGUCUAUAACUGGACGGUGGAUGAAGUGGCCCAGUGGUUGAUCACAUAUGUGGAGCUGCCCCAGUAUGAAGAGACAUUCCGCAAGCUGCAGCUCAGUGGCAGAGACAUGCCCAGGUUGGCAAUCGCCAACGCCACCAUGACGGGCACCCUCCUGAAAAUGACCGACCGCAGUCAGAGGCAGAAGCUGCAGCUCAAGGCGUUGGACACGGUGCUGUUUGGGCCUCCUCUGUUGACUCGUCACAAUCAUCUCAAGGACUUCAUGUUGGUCGUGUCCAUCGUCAUCGGGGUGGGGGGGUGCUGGUUUGCCUACAUCCAGAACCGCUACUCCAAGGACCACAUGAAGAAGAUGAUGAAGGACCUGGAGGGUUUGCACCGUGCUGAGCAGAGUCUCCAUGACUUGCAGGAGAGGCUGCAGAAGGCCCAGGAGGAGCAUCACACGGUGGAGGUGGAGAAGGUUCACCUGGAGAAGAAGCUGCAGAAUGAGAUCAGUCUGGCAAAACAGGAGGCUCAGAGGCUGCGGGAGCUCAGGGAGGGAACAGAGAAUGAGCUGAGUCGGCAGAAAUACGCUGAGCAGGAGCUGGAGCAGGUGAGAAUGGCCCUAAAGAAUGCCGAGAAGGAGCUGGAGUCUCACAGUAACUGGUCGGCCCCGGAUGCGCUGCAGAAAUGGCUCCAGCUGACCCACGAGGUGGAGGUUCAGUAUUACAAUAUCAAGAAGCAGAAUGCCGAGAAGCAGCUGAUGUUGGCCAAGGAAGGGGCAGAAAAAAUCAAAAAGAAGAGAAAUACAUUAUUUGGGACAUUUCACGUGGCUCAUAGCUCCUCCCUCGAUGAUGUGGAUCAUAAAAUCCUCACGGCAAAACAGGCACUCAGUGAAGUGACCGCUGCUCUCCGUGAGCGUUUGCAUCGCUGGCAGCAGAUCGAGACCCUCUGUGGCUUCCAGAUUGUCAAUAACCCCGGGCUCCAUGCGCUGAUGACGGCUCUGAAUAUAGACCCCAGCCUUAUGGGGGUGUCUCGCCCUGCACCCACACAUUUCAUUAUGUCGGACGACCUCGAUGACUUGGAUGAAGAUAUUGUAUCUCCCAUCACUAUGCAAUAUGCAGCCUGGGUUAUGGGACGCAGGUUCAAUGAGCGCCCGUCUGCCUGCUCUGAGGAUUCCUCACUCUGGAAGUUUUCUGCAGCCCCCAACCUGAGCCUUCGGCAGCGACACGUGGACUCCCAGCUUGCACUCGGACCCCAGAGGUUGGUAGAAGGGUAUCUGGUGAGCCAGAGCGAGGCCACCCCACAGCUCCAUUACCGUCCCAGCAAGGAUGCCGAGGAGUCAGUCAGACAGGAAGCUGUCCAAGAUGGAAGUCCUAAUGUAAGCGCUAAAGUGCCAUCCGGGGCUCCUCUCUACUGCCCCCUCCCAUACAUUGUCAUUUCCAGUGCUCAUCACUGCUAUUCAAUAUUUGCCCCCUCCCAUGGUUUCCUUGGAAUCUUUCUUCUGUUCCCUUUUCCAAUCCACAUUCAGGUUUCCUUUAGUCCGACUCAUUCCGACUCCUCUACAUCUGUCCUUUCCCUGACUCAUUUCAGCUGCAAGGGAGGUAUGUAGCCCUGUGUUUAUGCCCCUAACUGACCUGCAUAUCCAAUAUUGCCCAUACUCUGCCCAUACUCUGCCCAUACUCUGCCCAUACACUGCCCAUACUCUGCACAUACACUGCAUAUACGCACAGCCAGCACUGCACACACUGACAAAUCUAAAACGACUGCACCCAUAGGGGCAAUGGUGAGUGAGUAGGGAGGCAGGGGAUGUUGGGGCACUUGUUAGGUUUAAAUGGUAAAUAGGAGAGGUGGACACUGGAGAGUAAAAAGGUAAUCUACAACAACCAGGGUAAUAGCAAGUGAUGGGGGCUGCAGAGGUAUUUAUAGGCGUUAGAGAGCAGCUGUGAAACCAGGGUCUGAGCCUAGAGAGAGGGGACAUUGGAGAAAGCAUCUUGAACGUGGUGGUUGAGGUCCAGCAGAAGAAAUAAGGUCACAAAGCUCACAAACAAUGAGGGGGAACAGGGGCACCUUUGGAGAGUAGUCCAGAGAGGCUUUUAGAGAAGGGUUGGGAGUUGUGGGAGCUCUGGGAGAAUAAUUCUAGACCAGUGCACUUUGCAAUUGAAUUAGCCAGACCAUAUGGAUUUUAGCCAGACACCGCCCUGAAGAGAAGUGGGUCUCUCAUGACCCUUCUAGGAUCCGUGUUUAUUUCCAGUUAGCCUCUCCCUUCUGCACAGUGACUGACCCCGUUUCCUUCUUACCUUGUACCCCCAGACACCUCUUGGCUAAGACUUUGGAACCUUCUUCUCCCUUUCUGUCCCAAGUAACAAUUUUUCUCUGCUCUUCGACACCUGCUGACCUUUAUCUUCUCUCUUCUUUUUUUCUUCUGGGAUGUCAACUUCUCAGUCCAGAGGUCUCACAUUGGGGCACAGGGAGUCUUUCUAUCUUCUUCUAGACCAGCUUUUUUUGCCCCUUACAGGCCUUGGCCCCUCAUACUCACUAGUGGGAUCUUUACCGCCCACUGGCCUUUUUUUUUAUUCCCCUCAGAUUUUUUCUCCCUAUUGUUUUCUAGUUCUUCCUUUAAACAGUGGUGUGACUCCAGCUGUACUCUAUUUCCUAUUGAUCCGGUAUCCCACAAUCCUCUGAUUAUCCCAGGUUUCCAUUGGCUGUUGCUGUUGGAAAACAUCUGGGACCUGCUAUGAAUAUUCUCCUAUUUACACUUGAUUGUUCUGCUGCCUUCUGUUGUGAGAUAUCAAUUAAAUGGGGCAUUCCCCCUACUUAUA